AUGAUUGAUGUGUUGUCGAAUACCGCCUUGAAGUCCCAUCCUUCGCAUUCCGCUGGCGUGACACUUGCCCGGGAUUUAGCGGAGUUGACCCAGCAGCGGUGUCGGGUCGUCAGCGGCAAGAAGCCGCGCCACGCCGAGCACGCGCAGUCGCUUACUGCCUCCACCUCACAGCUCACUUUCAGCGGUUUUGCUUUAUCUAAUCGCGGGAUGAUAACAGUCCGCGUGUCUCGCCACCGCACCCCGCACCUUCCCGCAACCGCAAACGCUUACGCUCAGAACUCACUCUUACAUUCUAGUCUCCUCCUAUUUGCCCCUACUUUGGACCUCUGUUACUUCUUUUUUAUACUCUAG